AUGGUAAUCGUCACAGUGCGUGAUGAACUUGUUCAUCUUGUUGGUGGUAUCUCUUUCAUUAAGGAGAUUAUUAGAAAAGAUCAACGAAGGAAAAGCACUAGGACAGGAUGGGAUUGUGGCCACAUUCUACAAAAACCACAUCAACACACUAAUGCGGCAUUACAACAACCGCCAAAAUCAACAAAAACAAAUGCAAAUGUAACAUUCGAUGAAGAAAGCGAAUCAAUUUAUGCACAAUUAGAAGAAGGAAAAACCGAAAGAUACCUAGGCUUCAACUUCAACAAAAAAGGGAUUCAAUCGAAACUCGACCAAAUAACAGAAAAAAUUCUAGCUCAAUUUGCAUCAUGGAAAAAUGCAACAUCAACACUCAGAGCAACUAUUUUCGAACAAAUAUGGUACAGAAGAAACAAGAAAAAUCAUGAACAAUUCACAUACGAUUUAACAUAUGAAAGAAUACUCAAGAGAUUCAAGUUAAUCUGCGCAGCAGCAUGGGAAAGAGAAGUCAAAAAUAUUAAUAGAAUAUAUAAGAAACUUCAAAAUCAAGGUCCAGCUAACCAGCGACACCACACAAUGAAGAUAGUCAACAGGCUAGAGAAUCGUGUUAACCUUUGCACCAUUCUUAUUGAAGGGUUAUAUGCAUAA